AUGGCGUUGCAGGAGAGCCGUCUGACAGCCACCCUCCUGACCUCCAUCCUGGCCGUGGUGCUGGGAUCUCUGCAGAUCGGAUACCACACCGGGAACGUCAACGCUCCGGCCAAGAUUAUCGAAGAGUUUUUCAAUCACACAUGGAGAGCCAGGCACAACCAGUCGAUGCCAGAUCACAGCCUGACGCUGCUGUGGUCGCUCUCCGUCAGCAUCAAAGACUUCGGAGCCUUACUGGGAUCACUGGGAGUCAAAUACGUGGCAGACGCUUACGGAAGGCGUAACUCCAUCCUGAUCGUGAACUGCCUCUCGGUGGUGGGGGCUGGUCUGAUGUCAGCCUCUAAAGCCUGCCAAUCCUUCGAGGUUCUGAUCCUGGGUCGCCUGGUGUUCGGGUUGUUCUGCGGCCUGGUGAUGAGUCUGAACCCGCUCUACAUCCAGGAAGUGUCGCCCACACACCUGAGGGGGGCCUUCGCCACGCUCAACCAGGUGUCCUUCGCCUCAGGCAUCCUGGUGGGAAUGGUGGCCGGUCUGGAGACGGUUCUGGGGACGGAGCACCACUGGGCCAUGAUGCUGUCCCUGUCCAUCGUGCCGGCCCUGCUGCAGUACCUGGUGCUGCCGUUCUGCCCCGAGAGCCCCCGCUACCUGCUCAUCAACCGGAGGGAGGAGAGCGAGGCGGAGGCGGCGCUGCUGAGGCUCAGAGGGUCCUCGGAGAAAGUGUUCUCUGAGCUGGAGGAGAUGAAGGACGAGGCGGCUCACACUCACACCGGAGUCACCAUCCACGAGUUCUUCAAGAAGGGCCGAUACAAGCAGCCCAUCAUCAUCGUCCUUAUCAUCAACCUGGGCAGCCAGCUGUCCGGAUUCAACGCGAUCAUCAAUUAUUCCACCAGAGUGUUCCAGGCUAAGUUCGAUCAGGCCAAAUACCUGACGCUGGGGGUGGGGGCAGUCAAUUUGACCUUCACUCUGGUGGCAUUCUUCCUGAUGGAGCGGGCCGGGCGGAGGAGGUUGCUCCUGACGGGCUUCAUCUCUAUAGCCGUGUGCAAUCUGCUCAUGACCAUCGUGGACUCUGUGGUGCACCUGGUGCCGGAGCUGGGCAGCAUGCAGGUGCUGCUGGUCUUCUGCCUGAUCUCCGCCUACGAGCUCGGCCCCGGACCCAUCUCGUGGUUCAUCGGUGCCGAGCUGUUCGACCAGCCGGCGAGACCUAUCGCCAUGGCCUUCACCAGCAUGCUGAACUGGGGGGGGAAGUUUGUCCUGGCACUGCUCUUCCCUCCCUUACUGAAAGUGUGCGGGGCGUACGUCUACCUCCUCUUCAUGGUCGUGGCUAUGGUGGCCUUCGUCUUCACAUGGGUUCGCCUCCCGGAGACUAAAGGACGGACGUUCGAUGACAUCGCAGAGGAGUUCAGAGGAGCGGAGGGAAUCCCUCUGCACAACAAGGCCGGGUUCAACACUUUCCCCUGA